AUGCCUUUUGGCUUAACCAAUGCUCCGACCACGUUCUACACUCUCAUGAACCAACUAUUCAAGGAGUGUUUGGACAAGUUCGUGGUUGUCUACUUAGAUGAUAUCGUCAUCUACAGUCAAACACUCGAGGAGCAUGUCCAGCACCUUCAGACAAUUUUCAAGGUUCUCAAGGAGAACACUUUAUUCGUGAAAAGGGAGAAAUGCUACUUUGCCCACAUGAAGCUCUUAUUCUUAGGGCAUCGAAUCGGUGACGGCUCCAUUCACAUGGACAAAUCAAAAGUGCAUGCGGUUGCGGAAUGGCAAACUCCAAAGAAGGUGCCAGAGUUGAGAUCCUUCCUUGGUUUCGUCAACUACUAUCGAUGCUUCAUAGCAGGAUACUCAAAGCGUGAAACUCCACUGACAGAGUUGUUGAAGAAGGAACAACCUUGGAAGUGGUCUGACAAAUGUGAAAUAGCAUUCCAAGAUUUGAAGGCUACUAUUCUAGAAGAACCGGUGCUUAAAUUGCCAGACUAUGGGGAGCCUUUUGAAGUCCAUACAGAUGCUUCAGACUUCGCUAUUGGGGGAGCGGUUGAACCGCCCAAGCCAGGAGGUGGCACCGCCUGGGCUAAGUCUCCGAGCGAGAGUGGGCGGUGCAAACCGCCCCAGCCAGGAGGUGGCACCGCCUGGGCUCAGUCUCCGAGCGAGACUAGGCGGUGCAACCUCCCUUGA